AUGCAGUUGGAAGAAAGGCAUCAUAGUAAAAUUACCAAAAAAGGGGGACCUAACAGAAUGCAAAAACUGGAGAGAUGCAGAGCUAAGAGUGCUUCACCAGGGCCAGCUAAGCAAUACGAUAAAACUGAGAGCCGGAGUCAAGCAGGGAUGCCCCCUAUCCCCACUCCUGUUCAACGUAGUCCUGGACGAGGUUAUAAGAAGAGCAACAGUUACUGCCAGAGUUAUAAAAUGCGGUUUUCUAUGAAUAAAUCGACAUUAUUUUUAUUACAGUCAUUAAUUUUCAAUCGAGAUGAUCAUGAUGAUGUAAACUUGCAAUUGACUAUACAAAAAAAAAUUUAUAAAACAAAGUUAAAAACAGCCAUCACCAUUUCGUCGAUUGCGAUUAAACGAAGGCCGACGCUGCCGCAGACGCCAGCGAGCGCCCCCCAAGUAUUGUCACCAAAACGUCAGUGUGCCGUAUCUGUUGUACCAACACAUCAAUUUAAUUCACCAUCAGCUGCAGCUGCCGCUGCAACUGCAGCCGCUGUCGCCUUAACAAAAGUUAACGGUGGUUUACCAAAUCCAAUAACACAUUUUGCAACACCAAAUUUACCAACCCCAACACCUACCCUUAUCCACCCCCAUCAUCCCACACAUCAAUUGCAUCAUCGUGCACCACCAGCUCAUUUAACAAAUCCUCAUAAUCAAUUAGCCGCAGCAGCUGCUGCCGCUGCCGCCGCCGCCGCCGCAGCUGUAAAUAUACCACAUCAUCGUCAUCCCAAUAUUGGUGUACCUCAAAUACAUCCAAGUUUACAUGCUCAAUUACAUCACCCACAACAUAAUAAUUUAGGGCAGUUGCAUACACAACAGCAAAUACAUACGCAUUUGUUACAACAACAUCAACAACAGCAUACACAACAGCAAAAAGAUCCUCGAGUGUAUAAAGCGGUUGUUAGUGCCCAUCAACAAUUAUUAGCUCAUCAACAAACACAUUUACAACAGCAAACACAGUCUUUACAACAUCAAUCUCAAGUACAAUCAAUUGCUACAAGUUCAGGAGCACCAGUUGUCUAUACAUCUCCAGCAAUAUCAAAUAGUAACAAUAAUAUUGUUACGGGACAAGAUAUUAAACUUGAAAGUACUGCAACAACCACAUCAACAAUUGCAUCAACUAAUUCAGCAGUAAAUACUACAACUUGUGCUGCCGCUGCAGUUACCUCUGAGACUAUAGAUUCAUCAGUGGUCUCAACAGCAUCUUCACCAUCAAAUUUAACUAACAGCACUAUUGUAACAACAAGCAGCAGCGGUAUUGAUAAUAACAAUAACAAUUCGUCAAUAAUUACUGUUGCAAGCUCGACCAAUUUAAUAAAUUCAAAUAACGAUUUAAUCAACGGAAAUAUUAACGGUACAACUAUUAACAAAAGUCCACAUAAUUUAAAUAAUUUAAACGUGAACAGUACAAAUAUUAAUACAAGUAUAAAUAACACAAUUACCAGUACAUCACUUAUUAAUAAUAAUAAUAAUAACAAUAAUAAUAUCAAGAUGGAUAAUCAAAUGGUUUUAGCACCACAUGGAUUGUCACAAAGUACGGAUUCUGUAAAUACGGCUAGUAAUGAAGAAGAGGUUGGUAUAAAAUAAAAUAAUGGAGUUUUUCUGUAUUAUUUCCCUCAUACAUUUCAAUCCUUUCAAUCAUAUUUUAGUUAUAAUGUAAGUACUUACUAGACAAAAUACACUUUUUUUUUCGAAUUUCUUAUAUAUUUUAUUGCUUUUGUUGAUUUAUAUUCUGAGUAUGACAGGUCUUUGAAAGCCUUUCAGGAAAUUAAAUUGAAAGAAAAAAGCUUUCAGACAAUAGCAUAAAUGUCCUAAAGGAGUUGUUUGUUAUAUAAUAUUUUUACACACAUAUAUAUAUAUAUAUAUACAUACAUGUAUGUUCGCAUAAAUAUCAUAAAGGUUGCAUUUAAAGUGCUAACAGAACAACAGUUAUCAUGGUAUAUACAUACAACAUUUUCAUAUACAUAUUAUGGAUAUGU